AUCAUGCAUCAGUUUUUUCCUGGUUACUCCUACCUACCUACCACAGUCUAUAUUCUCGUCUACCACCGAUCCAUGUGUCAGCUACCUCCGGUCUACGCUAUUUUACGACUGUUCGCCGAGGAGCAGAGGAUGACAAUGUGACCAACAGACGCAGUCAACGACCUUUUCAAAUCGGGAUCUGGGCAAAACAUGCAAGUAAGCAAAGUGCUUGGCCUUCAAUGUAGAAUGUCUUCAAAAAACAGUUGUUCUGACCUCCAGCGCUCCAUUACAUUAAUCUGAUCGUGGGUAUGAAUAUUUCAUCUGUGUGGCAAGGACUUGGUUGUUACGAGUUUCGUCAAUUCAUAGCUAUAUACAUAAAAGGGACAUUAAGAUCCGUUUGACCUCAUGAGAUUUGUGGGCACUAUAUCAUGUGGAGAUCGCUUGUAUAGCGCAAUCCUGUGGCCUUAGUCUUGAAGCAGAGACUAGACCGCUGGUGUAACAAUCCUGUGGUUACGAGGAUUAAGGUAAAUAAAAAAAUAAGGUUAUAUGUCUUCUGCAUAACAGGGACAAACAAAGAACGCCCAUUACGGGAUAGACAGAAGACAAACGAGUAGAUGACGGUAUAGACAUUUGUGAAAGUCGUGUGCUGUAUCAUUAUCUUCACUUCAUUUCGUUGCUUGUUCUCGCUUUCCUUUCAUUCCUGUCCCCAUUUUUCACACGUGAUUGUCUUUCUUUGAAAAAAUGUCUGGAAGCGUGAAAUUGUGUGGAGCUUUCUGGAAUACAUGGUGUAAAUAAUUAACGAUGUCAAUGAGGUUAACGACGAUUGACGAGUCUGCCAGGAUUAAUGACAUCGGUAUGUGUCGAUGAACUUCGUGCUACUUGUCUCCUGGCACCAACCAUUUAAGCACUGAUGCAUGCCUCGGAUCGACACUUCUCAAAGACAGCUCAAAUAUGUAACCUCCUAAUUUAACCUAAAAUUAAUCAGUCGAUCAAUCGUCUAUGAACAUGAUUAUAGAGAUGGCUAGCAGGUUGUGAGCACUAUAACAACAUUAUGAAUCAUUUUUGCUUUCUGCUGGGUGGACAGGAAUUUUUUUAGUCAUUAGUUCAAGAGGGGCUCGAAUGCAGCCUUCCUGCUCCACGGUCCAGCUCGCUCACCAUACACAACCACUACCACUACGGAUCUUUCAGUUACCAUAAGAUGGCGCUCAGGCUUCUGACAGUCGUCUUGGGUGUUUCAGACUGCAACAUGGAAGGCAAACCCAUUUGAAGGGUACGUUCCUCAAAGGGAACACCACAUCAAAACGCGAGGCACUUGUCAAAGAGGCGGCAGUAUUGAACAAUUCUUCAUCAUCAUUAUCUUCUGCCAGCAAGUCAAAGGCCACGACUAAGAAGACAUCUACCAUCCCUUUCAGACUCUACUAUAGAAGUAGAGCGACCUUUGAAGAGUAAAAUGAGUAUUUCUAGCCAAUAUUCCUCUACAUGGUUACCUUACAUGUUCUUUGUCAUCGUGAGGAUAAAGACUAUAAGUUGUCAAAAGCAGACAGAACCAUCACAAUUAAAUAGCAUAUAGCCUACCACAGGAAACAGUGCUGAAGAUCUUUACCUACCUGGAUGUGCAGAGUUUGAUGAACGCAUCAUGUGUCAACAAACAGUGGUCUGCUGUAGCCUCAGACAAUUUGUUGUGGCAGGAUAUAUAUAAGAGGUACAUAAGCCACAGUGAACACAAUAGCAAGCCUGCUGUCCAGUCAGAAAGCCCACAGAAACUUUCAGCUUCCUACUGGAAAAAUAUAUGUAUGACCAGGUGCUGUGAACGACGAAAUAAAAUUACAUUUGGUAAACUCAAGAAACUGAAUCCUUACACAGGACUUCCUUCUCAAACAGAGGCAGCAGUCAGACAAGGCAGGAUUAUGUACAAGUUAUGUCUUGUGGAUAAAAUGAACGCAGAACACAUUUCUGAGGCAAGUGAUAUGUAUUGGCACCAAAUGGCAACCUGUGUAUGUUGGUGUCGCCUUGACUUUCUGCCAGUGCAAAAAGUUCAUUGCAUCCGUCUACUAGCCAGCAGCCCCCUGAUUUUUGGUGCUGAUGGGAGCCCUUACCAUUGCUCUUUAGUGUGGGAGGAAAACUUGCACCUGUCACGGUAUAUAAAAGAAAACCAAGUCUGGGCUUCUGAUGAUCUCAUCAAUCUCUACUGGUUACCUGGUAACCUGUUACUGGGCACAUGGAAGGCAGAUAGUGAAAUAGCAUUCCUAAUGGUGGGCCUUCACUAUGACAAACUGCUUCACAGAAGUUUGCUUGGCACAGCCUUAGCAUGUUACAAAGGGAAGAAGCACAAACCAGUCCCUGAUGAUGUGGAUCCCACAUAUGGACUCCAUGGUUAUCAAGUUACCCUGGAGUUGCACAACACACAACAGUCACUAUGGUCACAGCAGUUUCGCAAUCUUCAUGGUCACUUGGAAGAUGGAGUGAUUGACAGAGUCAUAUUUACUCUUGUACGUCAUGACUGUACAACAGAUCACACACCCCUUUACGGGAAAAUUGCUUUGCCUUGGCGCACAGAGCUGUUUAAGGGAAGAGUGAAGAUGGUAGCUUGGCUGGAUUUGACAGUGCUUGAUGAAAGAGGAGAUGUCUUUGAUGUGUUCAGUUCACCUGUUUGUGUUCAGAAAUCAUCAAUAAAAGGGCCAGACUUUGAAUAUGGAGAGGAUCAUCAACUAACCAUCAGACAUAGCAGUGACAGGACAACAAUGAACAUGCAGCUGGGCCAGGUAUAUUCACAAAGAUUCCAGAUUAUGAUCUCCAAAAUGAAUCAGCAUUUAACAUGUCUGACAAAGUUUGCAGUAAUUUUGUUUUCCACAUUUAUUCUUCUAAAAAAAAAACCAAACUUACGGCAUCAUGUUUACUGAAAUUUUUUUCAUUGUUACAGUGUUUUUCUAGCUUUUCAUUUGAUUAAGUCAAAAAUAUGUAUAUGAAAAUAAAAUUUCUUUAGGUUUUCUAACAAAAUUAUGAAAAGUAACAAAAUCACAGCCUUUGUUGAUUUUUAAAUGUUUACAAUAGAUAAAGCAGCUAAUCAUUACAAUUUAAAUCAACAGCAAAAAAAAAAAAUGUAGAACUGUCUUACUUUCUUCAAGCUGCAUGAUGGCAGGAUGUUUGUCCGGCACCUGGAACUGUCACUGGCUUUGUCUGCUGUCAAUGACUGGUUUGGAACCAAAUACUAAAGACUACUUAUUAUAAGUUUAGUCCCUUGACAUUGGAUCUUCACUGGGUUUACUUGGUACAGGCAGCAGCAGACAAAAUUCUUCAAAGCGGUCUUUGCUGAGAAGCAGAUCCAACAUGAAAAGUUCAGUCUAUAACUUAUAUGAUUGCUAGCAAGUUCAUCUUCUGUCAGCCUUGUCAUCAGCGUCUCUUAACAGUUCAUUGGGGGAUGGUUUUAAUGUUGUGCUGGUUUGCACAGCCAAAGUUUGCAUCAUUUUACAAUGAACAGAAGAGAUUAUUGAUGGCCAGCCAGGCAGGUGACAAUGCUUUAUGCAUACAUGUCCAAGAUGCUUAGUAUAAGCAACACACACACACAAAGAAUAGAGAGAAGAAAAAAAUGAAAGCAAGCAAGAGGAAAAAUUGGAUAAAAUCAUUUGGUAUAGUUAAUGGCUUAAGAGAAAGGAAAUUCAAGAAAUAAAUAUAUUGCUUAACUA